UUAUCUGUGAGAUUAUCUUUUCAGACAAAUGAAGAGAAUGAUUCUGUCUUCAAAAAAUUUAUUUGUGAUCAAGAAACAAGAUCAGAAGUAGGCAGGAAAUUGUCUUCGUUGUUAAUUACACCAGUGCAAAGAGUACCAAGAUAUCAAUUACUUGUUAAACAAGUGUUACAACAUACUCCUUAUAGACAUAGAGAAUAUCGACAUUUACAGGCAUGUCUGGUUGAAAUUGAAAAAUCUGCGAAACACAUAAAUACUUUAAUCGCACAAAAUGAAGAAACACAAAAAUUAUUAAAUCUUCAGAAAUGCAUUGUUACUUCUAUUAACCUUGUCAAACCUGGUAGAAUGUUAAUCAAACAAGGACCAUUGAUGCGUGUUUCGAGACGAGGCAAUUCAACUUAUAGACGAUAUUUUGUUCUUUUAAAUGACACUCUGUUGUAUUGUAAAGGUGAACCAGAGACAUCGCUGAACAUAUCUUGCGUUCUACCAUUAAACAAGUGCAGUUUAACCUGUGUUCUGAGCAAAAAAUUGUUCCGUAUAACGUGUUUGCAUGAAACAUUCUUAUUGUACUCAGAAAAUGCGGAUAGUGCUGAAUGGAUACAAUCGAUACAAAAUGCUAUUAAAAAAUAUACUGAAUGUCGACAAACUUUGAGAAAAGAAAGUAGCUCGAGAAAGCCACUUAGACAUAAAAAUAUUAAUGAGUUUUCAUCAGAUGAUAUACCAAAAAAAUCUAUUAAAAGAAAAAGAUGUAUAAAAGAUGAACAGGUAUCGUUGGACACCUCCAAUAUAAUAUACUUUAAAAAGGAUAAUGAAAUGGAUGAGGAUACU